AUGUCAACAAGAAGAAAAGAGGAUGUUUCAUAUGUGACUGAGAAGAGAGGAAUCUCUCCCUCUCAUCUCAAAAGCCCCAAACCUUACAAACCUGUCUCCAUAAGCAGAAGCCUCGGCUCCUCCCCAUCGUCGCAGAAAGCCACUCCCAACUACCUCAAGCCGACGCUCUCGUCAUUGCUCUCAUGCGGGGACGCCAUUAAGGAGAAUAUUCUAGCCCGGAGGAGGUCAUUCGACAAGCCCCCCUCCCCAACCCCAACGACGAAACCAAGGGGCUUCUCGCCCACCCGGUCGUUACGGUCCUCCUCGUUCUCCGGGAAGACCGGUAGGGCAGUUAGCUCGCCCAAAAGCGACCGGAGCUUGAAAGGGACAAGGGAGGCUAGCAAACAGCAUCUGUAUGCUAGGGCUGUGGGCGGUCUCAAGAAGAGCGCCUCCUUUGCAAGUAAAAGUGCUUCGAGAAAGAAAGAUCCAUCGGAUCAUAUAGAAACUAACAUUGCUGGAGAUGAAGAAGAUCAAGUGGUGGGGAAUCUAGAACUCGAGGAUGAAAGCCACAACAAGGCUGAUUCUCCGACAGCGUCUGAGGUGCUUGAUGCUGAUGGUGGUGACGCUUCUGAGGUUGAAACGUCCCCUAUGACCUUGGAACAGCGUGACGCCAGCAAUGGGGAGGCCGAGAGCCCCACAAUUUGUGAAGAAAGUGAUGACAAUGUGCCUACAAUUGAGUCUCCUACACUUUUAGGACAAGAUGAUGCUGAUCCUUUGAGUGAAGUGGAUGAUAGCACUACUAAUCCUGAUCACAGUAAGCCCGACGAAGACGAGGGAGAAGAGGCGAAAGAACUGGAUGUGAAACUCGAAGGCGAGGCAGGAGAGGUGCAGAAGGGGGUAGGUGAGGAUGGCGGAGAAGCAGCGCCAAGACUGUCUCACGGGAAGAAGGACGUGGGACUCUCCAACAACGUGAUCGAAGAGAUGACCCGUGAGCAGAGGCGGAACAAGGUGAGAGCGCUCGCUGGAGCGUUUGAAACCGUCAUAUCCCUGCAGGAGCAUAAGUAGCCACAGCUCAGAAAGUUGAAGCAAUGAUGAGUUAAAUAUGGUUUGCAUGUCAGUUGAUUGUGUUGAAGCUCAUGAUGUUGAUGUAUGUGCUUUUGUUUUUGUAAGGUUUUCAGUUAGCACCAGUUGAUCUGUACAAAAAACUACUGGGAAAUUUUGGAGGAGUCCAAGCACAUCUUUUGUCUGAUUGUAAUGCAAAAAAAUUGGAUU